AUGGUGCACUUGGUUUUCGCCUGGUCGGAGGAGGAGGACGCGGCGGAAGGUGAGUGGCAGCUGGCUGGCACUGCCGCGGCCUUCUUCCUGCACCAUGCGGUGGCUGCCCUGGAUGCCUCCAUCCAGAGCAAGUAUGGCAACGCGAUCCGCGUGCGGCGGGGCUCAAACUUAGCCGAGGUCGUCCUUGCUGCCGCACAGGAGGCCGGCGCCGAGGAGGUGUUGACCAGCAGCGCAGUGCAGCCCAGCGGGCCUCAGGGACUCACCGUGGACCGCGAGGUCGCCAGGUCCCUCCAGGCAGCUGGCAUCAAACUGCGCACCUUCGACUCCUUUCUCUUGUGCGACAUCAAGCAGGUUCGAGUGGAUCUCAACACCUACCGGGGUCACUUCGGCACGCUGACGCCCUUCCACCACGCUUGCUUCAACCAACCACCGGUGGCAAAGCCUUUGCCUGAGCCUACGAGCGGUGACAUUCCAGAACGGCCGGGGGCCUUCAGUGGCUGGAUUGUCAAAGAAGCUUGCAAGCCUGCAUUUUGGGACCUUGAGGCCAAGCUACACGAAAGGUCCAUGACCCGGGAGAUCAUAACUCUGGCGAGACCUUACGCCAUCCUGGAGCUUUGCUUCCCGACAUACCCACAUGAUGGUGCUGUUUCUGGCCUUCCAAUUCAGCCUUGUGGCUCCUAA